CUGUUGGUAACUUCUCGAAGGAUCAUCCGGUAUAUAAAAACACUGAAGCCGGUAGCCGGCGACGCGCAAUUAUUUCGCUCCGCGAGGAACGAACAAUUGCAUGUAAUAAUUGGUGAUUAUUUACUUGUGUGUAAUUCCUAGACGCAGUGUAACUAGUCCAACAAUUUAAGAGCCGGGCAGUUUUUCGUCGAACGGCAGCAUGAUCGUCGUCAGCAAUAGACUACCGUUUGUUCUGAAACGGAAUGAAAUCAGUGGUCAACUCGAGAGGAAAGCCAGUGCCGGAGGUCUCGUUACAGCCGUAGCGCCAGUUGUAAUAAACGGAAGAGGCGUGUGGGUAGGAUGGCCUGGAAUGCACAUGGAUGACCCGACCGAAAAGAUUCCCGAAUCAGAUCCGAAUGAUCGUACUCCAACGGCAGGGCUUUUAUCCAGCAAGGUCGUCGCAGUGCACGUUGAUCCAACAGUAUUCGAUUCCUACUACAACGGGUGCUGCAAUGGUACUUUUUGGCCACUGUUUCACUCCAUGCCCGACCGGGCAACUUUCAUUGCUGAUCAUUGGCGUGCUUAUGCCACCGUCAAUCAAGAGUUUGCUGCUCAAAGCGUUAACGCCCUCGAAAAAAUUCACAAAGAACAGUCCGGGCAACCUAAUGGAACACCUUUGGUCUGGGUCCACGACUAUCACUUGAUGCUGGCCGCAAAUUGGAUCAGACAGUCCGCCGAAGAAAAAAAUCUCAGGUUGAAAUUGGGAUUCUUUCUUCAUAUUCCAUUCCCGCCUUGGGAUAUUUUCAGGCUAUUUCCAUGGGCUGAUGAAAUACUCCAAGGAAUGCUCGGCUGUGAUAUGGUCGGUUUCCACAUCCAGGACUACUGUUUAAACUUCGUCGACUGCUGUCAAAGGAGUCUCGGCUGUCGUGUCGACCGCAAAAAUCUCCUCGUCGAACAUGGUGGUCGAACAGUUCGUGUAAGGCCUCUGCCGAUCGGAAUCCCCUUCGACAGAUUCGUUGCUUUAUCCGAAAGUGCGCCGAAGGUUAUGCUUACCAAUCAAAAAAUAGUCCUGGGUGUCGAUCGUCUCGAUUACACUAAGGGGUUGGUGCACAGGUUAAAAGCCUUCGAGAUGCUAUUGGAAAAACAUCCUCAACACAGAGAGCAGGUAACCAUGCUUCAAAUCGCUGUCCCGUCGAGAACGGACGUGCGCGAAUACCAGGACUUGAAACUCGAGAUGGAUCAAUUGGUGGGACGUAUCAACGGUCGAUUCACUACACCAAAUUGGUCGCCAAUUCGAUAUAUCUAUGGAUGCGUUAGCCAAGAAGAAUUGGCCGCUUUUUACAGAGAAGCCGCGGUCGCACUUGUCACACCUUUGCGCGAUGGUAUGAAUCUUGUGGCGAAAGAAUUUGUCGCAUGUCAAAUCAAGGUGCCUCCGGGUGUCUUGAUUGUUUCACCCUUCGCCGGCGCCGGUGAAAUGAUGCACGAAGCUCUCAUCUGCAAUCCAUACGAAAUCGACGAGGCGGCUGAGGUGAUACACAGAGCUCUGACGAUGCCGGAAGACGAGCGUACCCUUCGUAUGAAUCAUCUUCGUCGUCGGGAGAGAAUCUACGACGUGAAUUACUGGAUGAAGUCGUUCCUUCAAGUAAUGGGCUCGCUCGAAGAGAGGGACGCCGUAGGUGCGACGACCAUGCACCCAGUUACCAUGGACGACUUCGACGAUUAUUUGAGCAAGUCCCCUAGGUAUAUUGGCGAUAAUCACAAGUUGGCCCUCCUCCUGGACUACGACGGUACCUUGGCUCCGAUAGCGACUCAUCCCGACCUGGCCAUCCUACCUUUAGAGACAAAGAACGUCCUUCAGAGGUUGUCCAACAUGUCGGACGUCUACAUCGCUAUCAUCAGUGGCAGAAACGUGAACAACGUCAAGUCCAUGGUGGGGAUCGACGGUAUUACUUAUGCCGGAAAUCACGGACUCGAGAUCUUACAUCCGGAUGGAAGCAAAUUCGUGCAUCCGAUGCCCGUCGAGUUUGAAGGCAAGGUUGCCGGUUUGAUGCAGAGUUUACAGGAUCAGGUUUGCAACGAAGGUGCCUGGGUGGAAAACAAAGGGGCUUUACUGACUUUCCAUUAUCGAGAGGCGCCGAUGGAGAGCCGACCUCAGAUGGUUGAGCAGGCCAGAAAAUUGAUAGAAGAGGCUGGGUUCAAAGCUUGUGCUGCUCAUUGCGCGAUAGAAGCUAAGCCCCCGGUAGAGUGGAACAAAGGUCGUGCAUCUAUCUACAUACUGAGAACUGCGUUUGGUCUCGACUGGAGCGAACGGAUCAGGAUCAUUUACGCGGGUGACGACGCGACCGACGAAGACGCCAUGAAGGCAUUAAAAGGUAUGGCGGCGACGUUCCGAGUGGCUUCGUCGCACAUAAUUCGUACAUCAGCAGAACGACGUCUUCCGAGCACGGAUUCGGUGUUGACGAUGCUGAAGUGGGUCGAGAGGCACUUGAGCAGACGCAAACCACGCAACAGCGUAGAUAUAUCAUCAAGAUUCCGGCGAGGAAGCACCGGCAUUGCUAUGGAGAUGUCAUUCACGUCGCCAGAAAAACAGAAAAUCGAGCAACAGGUAGCGUAGUCGUCGUGAGUCGCGGACUCGUGUGUCGCUCUGCUAUAAACGAUGAGAGUAGUCUGUAAUAAUUAUUAUCGUGUCCUCGCAACUAUAUAAUACCUAUAUGUGUAAAUUUGUAAUGAUGGCACCGGACGCAGCGAGCGAGCAACGGUCAUCCGUAUUUCACUUCAUUUACGGCGAUCUAUUAGUUCGAAAAUCAAUUUUUCUGACGAAUAUACCUACCUGUUAUUAGGAAAAUGACGAUGUUCGCCGUGUCCUUCGCAGAUUUUUUCUUCCGUGCUGUAAUUGUAUGUCACUGAAUUAUCGAAGGUGUAUAAUUGCGACCGUUCGUAUCGAUCAAAUACUCGAUCAAUUCUUCCAGCCUAUUGCAAUCGUCCAGUGGUCAAUGUAAAUCAACCAGCCAUCCUGAAACCUGAAUUCUGUUAUCUUCGAGAUUAUGUUUGCGUCAAUUUAAGGAUCACGUAUGUGAAACGAUUCCCACCAAGUUUCAUUCCUAAUUUUCUCAUGUUUUGCGAACGAAUGGUUUUGACAAACACGAAAGAAAGUAUUCAAACGAUUGAUGAGUAAAGUCAAGAUUUUGGUCGAGAGCGAAAAAAUUCACUUUAGUUGGAAUGAAGCGCCCCGCAACAGUGGAUUUGCGCAACUGCCCAAUCAACAAGUAAAUUAUUUCCUGACCAAGGGUUAAAUUUAAAGUAUUUGUUUUCGUUUUUUUUUUUUUUUUCAUCUAGCUUAAAGUCUAAAUUCCAAUUGAUGUAUUAAUUUUUUCCACAUGUGCCAUAUACGCGAAAAUUCAUUCUCUGUAAAUUUAAAUUUACGUCGUUAUUGUCACCUAUGUAAGAUACAAAGCCAAUGGCUGAAAUUAUUCGUAAUGUUGCACAACGUACCGAUUAAAAUCUUCCUUGUUUUUAUUCUUCUCCUCCCUCCUGAAUCGUAAUUGUCAAUAUUUAUGAUGGAGUCACGAGUUCGGACUUGGAAACGGAGUAGCAAGUUGCACAAAUAGUUUUGGAACAGUAACACGUGUUUUAUACGUUCCGAUGCCAUACUAGAUACGUAGAUUUUGUCAGAUAUGUACUAUGCGAUCAUUACAGCUCAGUUGGUUGAACAUCGCGUGAUUCAUUGUGCAGACUUAAACGCUCAGCUUAAAUAUUCUAGAUUUCAAUUUUAUUCUUAAAUAUUGAUCGAGAGAACACAGAGUAUUAUCAAAUAUAAUCACAAGAAUUUUUAUACCGACAAGACUGCUCGUUAAAAUAUCAUUAUUUUUGCAAUAAUCAAAGAUGGUAUAUGGCCGUAAAGAAAUUAUGCAAAACCGUAGAAACAAGAAAUAAAGGAAUAUAUUUUUAGGUAUUUUUACAUCGAUAUCUUUGUACGUACUUCAAAACAUUCACACUAAAGUUUACGCGAAGAAGUAAACGGAGAAAUCCAGAUAAAUAUUCAACGAGAAACAAGCAAAAUAUUUAAGAAAAAACAAAAAAAAAGAAACGAAUCAAUACUUCAAGACAUCAUAAACUGAAACAGAAAAAAGGAAGAUCAAGUUGCGUAGAAAUCAAUGUGUGAAAAUUUCGAUCUUAAUGUCGCACAUUUGUGAACGGACCUUCAGCCCGAAUUUGUAUAGUAAAUUCGAAAUUUCUGUGUCUGUUUCAAAAAGGUUCUAUGUCAAAUUAGGGUAAAUACGUAUAAUUCAUAACUUUCGAUCUUGAAACGAAUUUCAUUUUUCAAGUACGAAAUCAGAGCAACUUGUAUUUGGUCUUUUCUGUUACUCGCUACUUUGUUUUGCGUUUAUCGUUAUUUAGUAUUUAGCAUUCAAAUGUAGAUUUUAGUCCACUUAAAUGAUAGUAAUUUGAAAGCUACUGAGUAUAAGGCUAACAACCGCAAUCUCGUAUUUCCAGGCGUAUUUAUUAGUCAGUUAUCACUACUAGUCAAUAAAGAAUCCAUAAACAUGGAGUUUAUUCAUUACACACUGAGAAGCCGGAAGUCAGAAAUUUUUUAGCUCAUUUUUACAUUACAUUUAUUGAGCAACUUGUCAGUUUUUGUAAAAACAAGAUGUUUCUAAAUAUUGAAGCAAUCCAUUUAAUGAAUAAAAAUUGCAAAAUUAUUUGUAAAAAAGAAAACGUCACGCCGCUCGAACCACUCGAUCGGUGCGUUCAAAUAAUUGUAAGAAUUAAAUUACUGUCAAUCAAUGUGUAUCGAAAGUUCCUUGACGUAUCAUCAAAGUACAAAUAAUCCGAUCAAUUUUUUGAUAAUGGCUCGGGAAAUUGAAUCCAAUGCUCUUAUGCCAAAGUAAUAACGAUUAUUAUCAGUCAAUUUUUAUUCACUACACUCCUAUAGCAAAAAAAUCCGCGAUUAAGUUAUUACAGUUGUCAAUUUGCAGUCGAUGUGAAAAAGUAAUGUAGUAUAAGUGUAGGGACACCGAAGGUAAUCUCUCCUCGUAAAAUUGUAUUCAACAAAAAGUUGGAUAAUGUUUAGAAACUUGAAAAUAAGUAUAGCGUGAAAGUAAAUUUGGUGUGCUCUCGAAUUUCGCAAGUAAGUUUUCGACAAGUAUAUUUUAUAUAGCAUGUCAAAGUUUUUGAUGAUUUAUAUAACUUCUGUUUUAAGGUGUUGUUCUCAAAAAGGCUGUUAGUAAGAAUGUGUAUAAAGUAAAGUAGAAAGAAAAAAACUGAUAAGGCUGAAUCACGUUGUAUCGCGUUUGCCUGCCGUGAAAGUGGCCCGGUAUUUUAUACUUACGCUGUAAUGAAAUGCUACUUGCUAUAAUACUUGUGAAAGAUGAAAAAUGGAAAUAAAAAUAAAGGAACGUAUCUACUUUGUA